AUGACGGUAAACUUGAAGCUAAUGUUCGACGAGCCUGUGAUUGAAACGAUCUGCAUCUUGGUUGGAAAGGUGAUGCUAAUCGUGGUUUCUGGAGUUAUGACUCAUCAUGUAGGGUUCUCCUUCAGCUUGUCAAAAGGUCCGACGCAGAGGGUGUUCCUUCAUCGCAACACUUCGGAACCACUGUGGUUUGAGCCGCAAGAGAAUGACAAGUUUCUAAUCAAAUUUCAAUUCCUGUUCCGGCGUUGCGUCGGAGAAUUGGAGUUUUUAGCUCACAAGUGCGUAGAGGUCUUCAUGCAUAUUUCUGCAGAUUCAAAUGAAGGAAAGUCGGAAUGUAUGGAUAUUGCUCUAGAUGAAAUACGCAAUUUGACAAGGAUAUCAAGCGAGACUCGCUCGCUCUUCUCGGCUCUCAUCAUGGAAGUGAAAGACCACGGUCAGCGAGCGAACUCAAUUGAGCCUAUUCCAGAGGAGGAGAAUAGUGCCGUUGUUAUCGACGAAAGCUGCUGCUGGUUAGAUAUCGAGGUCUGUGUUGUCAUCGGGACUGUUGCUGGAAUGGGCAGAGGAGAAGCUGAAGAUGGCGUUUCAUCAAUGGUGUGGGAAUACAAUGAGAUAUCUGCAGAAGAAGAAGCUCUCUAUCACGAGAUCGCAAGCUUUCGUGAAAGAUUAUCUAUCGCCUCGUUGCAUUCAGGCGAUCAAGACAUUGAGCAACUACGAAGAAGAUAUUUGGAGUUGCAGGCAUUGCUUGCUCGAAGAGAGCUGGGAGAAGCUAUUCAUGAGCAGCUAAUCAGGACUCAACCAUUCCUCCCCUUCCAGUGGCGCUUGUGCAGCAAGGGAACGGGACAGCAGGCGGGGAUAAGAGUCAGCUCUUCGAGUAUUCGUUGCUUGCUGCGAAUCCUGGGUCACACCGGCACCCAUGCUCAUUCAGCUGCGAACUCCUUGCUUGGGUUCCCAUCAGAGGACGGCGGAUGGGCAGAAUGGGCAAAGGGUACCUUGCUGAAGAAUCGUGCUCACCUGCACAUGGAAGACGUUAUUGGAAGAACAGGGAAGUGCUUCAAAGUGUAUCAGAUGUAA